AUGACCACACCGCUGGAGGAUGCAAUAGACACCUUGAUCAGGAUUUUCUAUCACUACUCUGGAAAAGAAGGAGACAGACACAAGCUCAGUAAAGGAGAACUCAAGGACCUCCUCACCAGUGAGCUCACUGACUUCCUUUCAGGCCAAAAGGACCCCUUCGUGGUUGAUAAGAUUAUGAAAGAUCUGGACUCCAAUAAAGACAAUGAAGUGGAUUUUAAUGAAUUUGUCAUUCUGGUUGCUGCUUUGACCGUGGCAUGUAACGAUUUCUUUGAAGAACAGCUAAAGAGAGAGGAAUUUUGA